GGAGGGGAGGGGAGCGAAGCGCACGGCGGGCCCCGGGCGGCUCGGAGGGGGAGAUGCAGCGCGGAUCCCCCGGCGCACCUGCAGCCUCGGUCCGGGGAUGGGGAUAGGGGGGUGUCAGGCUCCAGGCCAGCGCGGCAGAGGCCGCUUACUCUCCACCUUGCCACCUAGAACCUCGGGGCUCGCGGUAGGCGUGUCUUUAGGGAGAAGCUCGCGUCUGGUCUCCAGGGCCCCGGAGGUGGUCGGCCCCGUCUCUUCGCACUUAGGAUCAGGAUGCAAUGUUUCCUUUCCAAAGGAGUGUGUUUGAUCACUUGAAACGGUGAUUUACGGGCAAAUAUUAAGGAAACAACCAUGUGGCACAGAGCUGGGCAGGGGUCCCCCGAGGGAGGUUCCUGCCGGUCUGUACUAGACCCCACGGCCCCCGUCUCAGUGAGGUCUGCAGCUCCCUCCCGGCGCCCACCUUAGCGCCAGUGUGGGCGUCAGCAGCCCCUCUGGCAGGCAGGGGCCCAGAACCACAGGUCCCUCUGUGCCCCUCCAGACCCCAGGUGAAGGUCGCCGGCCUCAACGCACAAAGAAAACAGGCAGAGGGACGCGGUGGGGGCAGGGUCGGGGGUGGUGUCCUGAAAUUCUCUCAAAGGUCACAUGUGACCUCACUGUUAUCUCCUCGCCUGAUUUAGGCAGGCAGCCUGGACAGGGGCUGCAGGGUUAUGAGGUCCGAUCCCUGCCACCAAGGCCAGCCCAAGGCCAGCCUCCAUGCUGCAUCUGACUGGACAGGGGCUCUGGUGGGCCAAAAGAGCCCCUCCCUGAAAUAUCUCCACCUGCCACGAAUCUCACCCCAGAACCUCCAGAGACCCCUGCCCUCCCUUCCUAAGACGGAGGAACGGCUCCUUCCUACAUUAGGUCCCCACCCCAGGUGCUCCCUUUCUUACACCAGCACCCAGGCCCCAUCCCCCACCCCAGCAUGCACACACGCGCAUCUGCCCUGGCCUCCGCUGCUCUGUGCCGAGUCCUCUGUGCCACACAGCCUGCGCUCUGUCCCCCAUCUAGGGAGACCCCCAAGGGCGAUGAGGCUCCCGCCUGGCAGGCCACCCAAGGAAUUCUCUCUCUGCCCCCUUGCCAGUAGCUGGGACAGGAGACAAAGUUUAUAUGACCCCCUCAAUAGCUACCCUCCUCUCUGCACCCUGAGGUGAACCUCAUCUGCCCCAGGGAGGGGUCCGAAGCCCGGAACUGCUUUAGCUUGUCCCCCCAGCCCCAAACACGGCUUCUGGUCUGGGCAAACAGCUCCCUACCAGGGGCCAAGCGGGUCCUGGGCUGGACUCUGGGGGGGUAGGUGGACGGAAGACCCUCAGCUCUGUCCCAGGUAGAUGGGAAAGCCCCCUGGGACGGGCCCUUCCCACGUAGCCCUUCAGCAUGGCGGGAGGGGGGCUCCCCUUCACUGGGUGUAAAGGUGGGGAACCUGAGACUCAGAAUCGUGUUAAAAACAGCUGUCCACCCUUUGUGGGGCAUGAGAGUAAUCAUUUAAAGGGAUCGCCUUCACUCCAGCUCUCCCAGGCAGACCCCACCUGCCUCAGAGAGACUGGAGACGCGGCAAGGCCGGGCACCUGCCAGUCACCGGGGGUUGGACCCGCACCCCACGGCAAGAAGGGCAAACCUGGCUGGCAGUGUGUCCCGAUGCCUGGCGGCCCCCCCCCCACCCUGCCCACAGCAGUCCAUGCGCAUGUGCACACACAUACUCAGCAACAGCCCCGGGCCUGCUUUCCACACGAGGCCACAGAACAGAGGCUGGGACACGGCUGCCCGGUGCCCGGCUGGCUCAGGUACACUUGGCCUGUGCUCCAGAGCAGACCAGAACCGUCUCAUGGCAGAAUAGGGAGGAUGUCCAGGGAUGGGAUGAGGCGACCAGCCCCGACCCGGGUACCCCUCUCAUCUCAUCCUUGCCCACCCUUGGUCAGUCGUGCGACCACGGCAACGGGCCCCAGAGCUGCAGGCUCACAUCCCAGGGCUGGCUGUGCUCGCGCGCCUCCCGCCCCCCAAAGGACCCCAGGACCCACGCGCCCUGCGCCAGCUCUUUGCUGCCCUCACCCACGCUGCCCCGUACCUGGAGCCCCAUGGGGGGAUGGGAGCUUACCAGAGGUGCACACACUCGCACUUACUUGUGAGCUGGGAUUACAGCACAACUCCCUGGGUUAGCCACUCAGGUAACGCUCAUCUGGGGGAAACCCAUGACUCAGCAAUCUUUGGGGUAAAUAAUUGAACCGCAAACCCAGUUUGGCUAAGCAGUCACAUGGUAACCACAGAGCGCUGCCCGCGGUGGGCGCCAGACCUGCCGCGGCCUGGCUCCUGGCUCCGGCUCUGCGUCAGAACCCGCCGUCCACACGUCCCCACCGGCUAACAAGCCAGAGAGCUCUGGACGUGCAGGCGGCCGGCAGAGUCGGGCCUUGGAGCGCUGACAAGCCAGGGGCCUCGCUACCCUCCCGCCCACCCAGCCUGUGAGGGGCUCCCCAGGUAAGAAUCAUCCCGGGGCCCCGCCGCAGGGCCGUGGAGCCCUCAAAGCCACAGCAGAGGCCAGCUCCCUGGGUGAAGGGGAGGAGCAGGAUGAUUCUCGGGUUUCCUUUCCGGCCCCUCAGGCACAAGGCAGAUGCCAUUUCAACAGUCCUCAUGCCACACACCCAGACCCUGGGGGGCUUGGGGGGACCCUUGUGUGGUGAGGUCUCCACAGGAAGGAAACACAACUCAUGACGUCCCCCUAGUGCUCACGGGGGCUGUGCCUGCCAGGCCGUCCUCCACACCCCAGCGAAACUGCAGGCCGCGUGUCCUGGGCCAGCGAGUGAGAAGUCAAGGACGGGGCUGGGCCCCAGCAGGGAUGCCCACCUCUGUUUCAGGUCUUCCCAGGAUGGACGUGUCCCCCGACUGCACGCAGCAGGGCGGGGGGCUGGUGCUGGUCCGCCGGCGGCCCCCAGUGCCCCCGGGCCUGCGCGAGAUGCUUAAAGCCAGGCUGUGGCGGGGCUGCUCCUGCAGCACGCGCGGGGCCUGGGCGCUGGUGCAGGACCUGCUCCCCGCCACGCGCUGGUUGCGCCACUACCGCCCGCGGGAGGCCCUGGCGGGCGACGUCAUGUCCGGGCUGGUCAUCGGCAUCAUCCUGGUGCCGCAGGCCAUCGCCUACUCGCUCCUGGCAGGGCUGCAGCCCAUCUACAGUCUGUACACGUCCUUCUUUGCGAACCUCAUCUACUUUCUCAUGGGCACCUCGCGCCACGUGUCCAUGGGAAUCUUCAGCCUGCUCUGCCUCAUGGUGGGCCAGGUGGUGGAACGCGAGCUGCUGCUGGCUGGCUUUGACCCUGCCCGGGACGGCCCGGGGUCCGGGGACAACGGCACCACCCUCAACGCCUCGGCCACACUGGUGCUCAGGCCACGGGACUGCGGGCAGGACUGCUACGCCGUCCGCGUCGCCACCGCCCUCACGCUGGUGGCCGGGAUUUAUCAGAUACCCUGGCACAGAAAACACUUCCAGGAACCCUGGCAAUUAACCAAAAGGAGUGAAUCACACGGACUUUUGGAGAGGGAUUAAACGUUCCGCUGAUUUAACAGGAAAUGCUGACAUCAAGAUAACGUAGAACCCUAACAGCCAGUGGGACGAGGACAUGAUGGAAGGCGGUUCAUCGGAUCCGUAAGGGCUUUUGAGAUUAGUCACAACACAAGAAAGUGCACUGUCCCAAGACUUUCCAGCUCGUAAAUGAAACUCGUCAAAGUUCUCUCCAAAUUUGUGGUCGUAACAAUGGAUAUGAGCUGCGAGUAAUGAGCUGUCAAGUGAGGACUUUUGUAAAAGAGAAGUCAUCAUUUUGUUUUCAAUCUGCUGCGUUAGAGACACUGAGUUCUCCUUCUCUUUUGUCCUUGGAAAGUAAUAUCUCAAAGUUGUUAUGAGACAAUAGAAGCACGUGGGGGGCUCCGUCAGUCGAGCAUCUGACUUCGGCUCAGGUCACAAUCUCACAGUUGUGAGUUCGAGCCUGUCAUCAGGCUUACCGCUGUCAGUACGGAGCCCGCUUCAGCUCCUCUGCUCGACCCCUCUGCCCCUCCCCUGCUCGUGCUCUCUCUCUCAGAAAUAAAAAAUA